AUGUCGGAGCAAGACACAUCCUCUCUUCGACCGCCCGUACCGCGGCGGGUCAUCAAGAAGCGAGGGACCACCCGAGAAAGGACGGGGUGCCUGACAUGUCGUCAACGCAAAAAACGAUGUGAUCUGGGUUAUCCUGUGUGCAGAGAAUGUGUCCGAUUGAAUUAUAAGUGCAAAUGGGAAGAGCCGAGAUCCGUUGUGAAAGAUAACCACAACGCAAAGUCGGUGGUGUUAUCCAAAGACAAAGAAAACAGCCCAUUUCGAUUGUUCAACAAUCCAGAUCCAGUUCUAUUUUGGGUUGAUGAACAUGCCGACUGCACGUCCCCGUCGAGCCGCCGGCACUUUCUCCGUUAUUACACACAGACCUUCACGCAUCUUCUAACGACCAACAUUGAGAACAAUUCUUUCUUGUCUGUCUUUCUGCCGAUGGCCAUGCACAGUCCACCCUUGCUGAACACGCUGAUCGCGUGGUCGUCCGCACACCUGUCGCUGAGGGACCAUUCGUUUCAGCAGGUCGCUAUUCAGAACCGGUGUGGAGCAUUAAGUGAUCUACGCGGUGCGCUCGAAUCGGACCCUACAAACAUUGAGGCCAAUCUCGCCAUGUCCUUGGUACUGUGCUCAUUGGAGAGUAUCAUGUCAGAUAAUGGAGCCGCCUGGUAUCAACAUCUUGUCGGCGCUGCCGGUGUUAUCACAGCAAACACACCCACAGCCGUCCUCGAAGGCUCUUCCACCCCGGAAUUACUGAAGCCCUUCGAAGACGCACAUUCGGGGCGAUGGCUGCUUCGCAACUUCGCCUAUAGGGAUAUUGUCAUGGCUGUUGCGCGAGAUCAAGCUCCCCUCUUAAGCUCGCAUCAUUUUCUUCAACUCGACGAGUCUAGACUACCAGACUCGCAUUUCGGUCUUGCAUCUGAGAUCCUCGAAAUAAUUUCUCAAAUAACAGCGCUAAAUGAAGAGGUCAAGACGAUAAUUUCGACGGUACGAAGCAGAACCGAUAGCAAUUUCGCAUUCAAUCAUCAGACAAAAAGCGUUCACGAUGAAUUUGAACAGGCUGAAAUCAUGACCAGAUUCAUGUCGCUUGAGGCCAGACUGAAUCUUUGGGCAUGCCCAGCAUCCACAGACACAUCGUUGAGAUUAUUAGCGGAGACCUAUCGAAGCUCAGCAUUCAUACACCUCUACCGCUCACAACGGAGAGCCUUCCCACACCAAGCAGUAGAGCUCUCGAAAAAGGCAAUGGCGCAAGCAGCAGCAAUCGUCGAGAGCAUCGAGCAAAUGCCGACCCGCAGUUUACCCGAAUGCACAUUGCUCUUUCCGAUAUUUCUUGCCGGAGGAGAGUCAACAGACGAAUCGCACAUCAAAAGCAUUCGGGAUAGAAUGCUUGAUAUGAUCGAGUCGCGGGGAUUCAGAAAUGUGCAAGUGGCGCUGUCAGUCCUGGAGAAGCUGUGGCGCCUCAGGAUUGCGCGGAAAUCUUCAAGCUCGUCCGUGCGUGUUGACUGGCUUGAUAUUGUACAACAGGAUGGAAUUGAGCUCUCUUUAUCAUGA